AUGGCUCAAACGUUAAAAUUGCGACGUAAAAAGGUUACUUAUGAUGUAGCUGGAAUAGGACACACAUUACAUACAAUAAAGUCCGAAAUUACGGGGGCCCGGGACGGAAUUCGGUACCAACCGUAUCAAGUAGAGGAUAAUUUGGAAGAAAGGAUUGCGAAGUUUUGGAGAUUAGAAAACAUAGAUAAAAAUACUAAUUACACAUUAGAAGAAAAAGCUUGCUACGACCAUUUUAUUAAGACAGUACGCCGCGACGAAACGGGCAAAUUUAUAGUGCAGUUGCCGUUCCGCGAAGAUAUUAGCAAAUUAGGUAAUUCGUAUAAAAACGCGUUCCGACGAUUUCUGUCUAUCGAAAAACGAUUAGGGCUAAAUACAAAAUUAAAUAAAGAUUAUCAGCAAUUCAUGUAUGAAUACCUAUAUCUUGGUCAUAUGGAACCGCUGCGCAGCGCGGGGGAAGGGUCGGUCAAUGAACCCGGCUAUUUUCUACCGCAUCACGCCGUAGUAAACGAGAAUAGUAGCACCACUCGUCUGCGCGUAGUUUUCGACGGAUCUAGUAAAACCGAUACGGGCAUUAUCUUAAAGAAUGUACUAUUAAAAGGGCCUACAAUACAAGACGAUUUAUUAAAUAUUUUGGCUAGGUUUCGUACACACAAAUAUGCGAUAUCCGCGGACAUAUCAAAAAUGUACCGUCAAAUUUGGGUUGCACCAGAACAUCGCAAGUAUCAACAAAUAUUUUGGCGUGAGAAUAAAGAACAACCUAUGCAAAUAUUUCAAUUAAAUACGGUCACUUAUGGCACUGUCUCGGCAUCAUUCUUAGCUACCGCGUGCUUAUGUAAACUAGCUGAGGAUGAGUAUAGUAAUUUUCCAGAGGCGUGUGCUGCUAUAAAAAAUGAUUUUUACAUGGAUGAUUAUCUAGGUGGGGCAAAUACGAAAGAGAUGGCCGUACAAUUACGUAAUGACUUGAGAACAGUGCUACAAUCCGGUGGCUUUAACUUAAGAAAAUGGUCUGCAAACGAUUCGGUGUUAUUACAAAAUUUAAAUAAAGAAAAUGAUGAUUCUAUGUUGGUACUGGAAUUGGAAGACGAAAUGGCAAAAGUCCUCGGGGUCCUGUGGCAUCCUAGGAAAGAUAUAUUUCAAUAUAAAGUACAGGAUACAAAAUCGGAAAUUCAAUCAACAACAAAAAGAAGCAUAUUGGCGCAAAUAGCUUCAUUAUUCGACCCACUAGGUUUAGUGGGGCCGAUAAUUAUAAAGGCAAAAAUUUUAAUGCAAGAAAUGUGGAGGUUAAAAAUUGAUUGGGAUAAACCGGCGCCAACAAAAAUGCACAAUGAGUGGAUAAAAUAUUUACAUGAAUUGACAAGCUUACGUGAAUUGUGUAUACCGCGUUUUUUAUGUACGGAAGAUAAUUGUGAUAUAGAGGUACAGGGUUUCGCUGACGCCAGUUUAGCCGCCUAUGGCGCGUGUAUAUACGUACGCACUACAAAUAAUAGUGGCGUUUGUACGUCGCAUUUAUUGAGUGCGAAAUCUAAAGUCGCACCUUUAAAGGUUAUAUCGCUACCGAGAUUGGAACUAUGCGCGGCCGUAAUUUUGGUAAGGCUGUACAACAAAGUAAUACCAAAAUUAGGUAUAAAAAUACAACAUCGUUAUUUUUGGUCGGACUCGUCAAUCGUCCUAGCUUGGGUAACGUCACCUUCUACGCGUUGGCAAACAUUUGUUGCGCAUAGGAUGGGGGAAAUUCACGACCUUAGUUCAAUAAAUGAAUGGCACCAUAUUGGAACUAAGGACAAUCCCGCGGAUAUUAUUUCAAGGGGUUGUAGAGCAAAGGAAAUAAUAAAUAGUUCUAUAUGGUGGCAUGGACCAAGCUGGUUAACUAACGAUCAUAAAAAUGCCAAAAACUAUUUGCGCGAGUUAAAAUAUACCGGAAUACCAGAAGAAAAGGAUGGCAUAAAUGUUCAAACGUACAGGAAACGAGCAAUGAUUUUAAUUGAUAUCUAUAAACAAGCUAAAGAAUUUCCUAAAGGCCAUUUCUCUUUAGACUGUUCCUGUACGGCAAAUUUUAUCAUUCAAAAUCUUUUCGAAAACUAUGAUUCAGUAAAAGAAAAUAGAACAUGUUUAAACUGCAAAGAAGAAAUGGUCACUAUGUAUCUUAUUGUUGGAGAAAACAUACCAAUAGAUGGGAACGUUACGAUGAUCUUCAAUGUAGCACUAGGGCAGAAGGACUAA